UUUCGGUAGUGAAUUAAAAAGAGAUCUUCAUAUUCUAGAGGAAAAAGGAAACAAAUAUAACCUCACAAAGAUCAAAUGAUGCAAAUAUCAUCUACCCACUCCAAGAAAUUUUAAGAGUUUUGUCCAGGGCAUCUUGCUGCAACUAAGCAGACUAAGUGAUGUCUUGCUCCAAAAUUAAAACCCUUUGGCUGAGUGGUUGUUGUAGCAUAACUAGGUUGAAACCUGAUCACAGGUUGUGGAAUCCCUCAUGCUAUUGUCCAUCCUUUUGCAUUGACAAGGGGUUGGAACCACUCCUCAUUAACACUUCAACUUCAUGAACUUUGCUCCUUAAUCAAAAAAAUGGAGAAAAUCCCACUUGUGCCUUCAAACUUCUAAAUUUGAUCAUUGGACCCUCAUCUUUCUGGCUCUUUGCAUUCUCUCCAUUUAAUUAUCAAACCUUCAAUAAUCAAAAAUUUGAACAUAAAUAGAAUGAACAUUUAUGAAAUUA